AUGACUAUUCAACGCUACAAAACUCGUAUCCGCAACGGUAGUAUUUCUGUUGCGAAGCACAGCAAAAACAAGAAAAAGCAUGCUUCGAAGGUGGGCGUGUUUUGUCUUGUGAGGUGGUUCGAACGCUUUGCAGAGGAGGUGGGGGAAGUUGUGCCAGUACGCGUCCGAAUGCAGAAGACUGUGAAUGGUACAACUCAAAAGUACUACAGCAGCGGAAAGUACACGCUGAUACCGGCUCACGUUAUGUGGGACGCCAUCCACGACGAGAUGCAUACAUACAUCGAGUCAGGACUCAGCGUUUACGAGCCCGCCCGUUCUACAAUGCGGAAGCUUCUGACACUGCACUAUCCCACGAUCCGAUUUCGCUCUCCCCGCAGUAAUGUAUGUGAUAUCUAUUCCAUUUACUACUCUGGUAUGCGGGGCAAUAUCACGGCGGACAAGACCGAGGCGCUCGGACGUCACACCGAACCAGCUCGAAGAAUGCGGUGA